GGGAAAAGAGGAAGUGUCGCGUGCCGCGUACGUACGUCAGCUCAAGUAACUCUCUUGUUGCGCGAGCCGCAGCAACCGACAAUCGUAGCACCGAAAGCAGAGGUUCUUCGGCACGCGGGUCCCUUCACGUGGAUGUCAACGGGCUGUGGGAUGUUGCUAGAUGAGACUCCGCUUUUUGACCCCUCUCUGCUCCAGGAGCUGGACUGGAGUAGCAACACUGUGUCCUUUUCUCCCCCCAUCUCUCCAGCCUACCCUGGAGAGGGCCUGGUCCUUCGUCCACUGCAUACAGCUGACCUCAACCGAGGGUUCUUCAAACUCCUUUCUCAGCUCACUUUGGCAGGGGAUGUAACUCCUGAGAAAUUUAUCAAGAAGUUUGAGCACAUGAAGAGUACAGGUGAUUACUAUGUCAUUGUGGUGGAGGACAGCAACCUCGGGCAGAUUGUUGCAACAGCGACGCUCAUCACAGAGCACAAGUUCAUCCAUUCUUGUGCCAAGAGAGGUCGAGUGGAAGAGGUAGUUGUGAGUGACGUGUGCAGAGGAAAACAGCUGGGGAAACUGUUAGUCUCAACUCUGACCCUUCUAAGUAAAAAACUGGACUGUUACAAAAUAACACUGGAGUGUGCGCCAAAUAAUGUGGCAUUUUAUAAGAAAUUUGGCUACUCUGCAUCAAAUGAGACAUACAUGCAAUUCCGCUUUUUUGACUAAGAUGGGCUAAUGCCUUUGGAACUGGAAUGAAGUGGAAAGUCGAGACCAAGUACGAUACUCCCAACACGUCUGUGCGUGCAGAGAGAUGUGAAUGUCCUUCAGAAGGGCGACGCACAGCCAGGAAUCCUGGAAACGCAACAUUUCAGAAGGACACGAAUGUGAUGAUAAAUUAGGUUAAAAAAUAUCAGCAUUUGAUUAAAUGCCAAGGUGUAUGAUGCACAGGUGUGUGUGGCCUGUGAACAUUUUUACAUGAAAUAGUUUCCCUCUACAGUUGGAUUAAAAAAAGAACUAUAAGAUCCUGAACUAUAAGAUUCUUUGAAUUUCAUCCGGGCCGGAAUUUCUCCAUCUCUUUGAAAUAAGG